CGUUUUGGAUCUGCUGUUUUGUCGGUGCUGCUCUCUACAUCUCUGCCUACUUCCACCUGAUGUUCAGAAGAUGGUACACUUCACUCAUCCUGCAUAUUCUCACAGCGGUCUACCUCGUGUCGUCCGGAGCUGUCAUAAUGACCGAGAUAAUUCUCAACAAUUUAACCCUCAGCUUCCUGAAGCAAACGCAGCCGCUGUGGAGCUAUGUUCAGAUGGAGAUGGCGGGAUGCGUCAUAUCCUUCAUCGCACUAGGUAUGUUGAUGUCCGUCUGGCCACUACUGUCGGUGCGACCUUUGCCCUCCUACCUUCGAAAUCUCCGUUCCCAUUCCAUCAACCAGUCCAAUUCCCAUGCC